AUGGGAAACAAAGGUGGAAACGAAGGUGGAGAGAAAGCACCUUCAAAAAUGCCCUAUGAAAUAUGGGAUACAGAAUUUUCAUUCAUGGAAAAGUAUUUCAAAAGAAAAUCAUCUUUGCAAGAACCAUCAUCUUCACAUCAACAAGAAGUAGGAGAAAUCGAUAAUACAAAUAUUCCCCUAAAAGUUGAUGGUUCAACUAGCCCACAAUCUUCUAAGCGAAGUAGAGUUGAUCUCAACACACUUAAAAGAGACCUAGCAGAGAGAAAAAAGCUUUCAAAUUAUCAUCCAAGCGAUCGAAAUGAAAUUCGAAGAGCUUAUCUUAUGAAAGGUCCUUAUCAACCGAAGCUUCAAACAAUCCCUCAAACAAAAAUAGGAGAUAAAAUGCGUAGGUUUAUGUGUAGCUGGUAUGAUUUAUACCUGAAUUGGUUGGAAUAUAGUGAGAUUAAAGAUGCAAUAUAUUGUUUGCCUUGCUAUCUGUUUAAAAAUAAAGUAGGGGGCCAAGGUGGUGGUGAAGCAUUUAUUUCUGAGGGAUCUAACUAG